UUAAAUGGGAGAAAGACACUUUAAAGUGUGGAAUAAAAACUCAGGCAGGUAUUCUAAUUUAAAAAUAAAAGUCAAGACAUGGAGGCGCGGCCUCGACCAGAACUGUUUGACUUCCAUGGAGUUGGCAUGAUCAAAGAGUUUACAGAAAACUGGGACAACAUACAGAACUUCAAAGCAAGAGCAGAUGAUAUUCUUAUUGCUACUUACCCUAAAGCAGGAACCACAUGGGUCUCCUACAUUCUAGAUCUUUUGUAUUUUGGGCACAUGGGUCCAGACCGUCAGACUUCCAUCCCUCUUCAUGACAGAGUACCCUUCCUGGAGCUAUGCGAACCCCCUUUGCCCACAGGUACAGACUUGGCAGAUAAACUUCCCACCACUCCUCGUCUCAUUAAAACUCAUCUACCAGUCCAGUUUGUACCAAAGUCCUUCUGGGAGCAGCGCUGCAGGGUAGUCUAUGUGGCCCGCAAUGCAAAGGACAAUGCAGUGUCCUACUUUCAUUUUGAACGCAUGGACAGUGGCAUGCCAGAACCGGGGGACUGGAGCACCUUCCUGCUGAAUUUCAUGGAGGGGAAGAUGGUUUUUGGAUCGUGGUAUGACCAUGUGAACGGCUGGUCGGAGAAGAAGCAGAUUUAUUCAAAUUUUCACUACAUGUUCUAUGAAGAUUUGAUUGAGGACUGUGGACGAGAAAUAGACCGACUGUGUUCCUUCCUUGGUUUGUCUCCUUCAGCUGAAGAGAAGGAAAGAGUCAAAGCCAGUGUGACUUUUGACAAUAUGAAACAAAAUAAAAUGACCAACUACUCCACCAUCGAUACAAUGAACCAGACUAUCUCUCCUUUCAUGAGAAAAGGAAAAGUUGGUGACUGGAAGAACCACUUCACUGUGGCCCAGAAUGAACAGUUUGAUGAAGACUACAAGCAGAAAAUGAAGAAUCCUGAUCUAAAGUUUCGUUAUGAAAUUUAGAGCCCCAGCUGGGUGUGAUGGAACUCUGCACUGAUAUGUGAUUAAAUAGUUAAAAAUAAGUCACAUUUGAUAUUAAAUUUUAAACGAACUAAAUUUCAGGUAGGUGAUAGAGACCUGUG